ACGGAGAUGCGCGAGACCGUUGUACGCGGCUACAAAAGUACCGGCUUUUGGGCUGCUUGUGAUUUAAUAAUUAUUUAACUCUUUGCGGGAUAACAUAUACGCCUUACCGGACACUAGCGAACAAGAGCCCGAUAAAUGCCACACAAAAUCAACGUGGGCCUCGUGGCGCUGGCCGCUCUGGCGGCGGCCGUGCUGGCCGACCCGACGGUCGAUCGGCGCGCCAGCAUGGGGUUCAUGGGCAUGCGGGGCAAAAAAGACCGGGACCAGGGCGGCGGCGGAGGCGGCGGCGGCGGCAGGGCCGACGAGACUUCCGCCGCGGUCGACCUGGACAAGCGGGCCAUGGUGUUCCGGCGCCCGAUGUUCGACGGCGGCAGCGGGGCCGCGGUGUACGGCGCCGGUCCGGCGGAGGGCUUCAAGCGGGCCAGCAUGGGGUUCAUGGGCAUGCGCGGCAAGAAGGACUACUACAGCAACAACAAGGGUUCCGCGGCCGGGUUCUUCGGUAUGCGCGGCAAGAAGGUUCCGUCCGCGGACGCGUUCUACGGCGUCCGCGGCAAGAAGUGGCUGGACCACGAGGACGCCGUCGACGAGGACGGCCAACUGUCCCCGAUGUACAUCCUGUACAGGAUCAUCGACGAACUGAAGUCGGAACUCUCGGACCGGGAGCGAAAUUUGGUGGCAGCUAAAUUCGACGAAGAAAGAGAAAUGCGUUGAAUUCGAUUUUAUUUUUGUUUUUGAUAAUAAUAAUAAUACCGUAGCACGAAAUUAAUAUCUACUAUAAAAUAUGAGUUUUAUUGAUAUUUAAAUUUGUUUAAGAUGACUAAUUUAGUAGUUAAUAUCUCUAAAAACAUUCUAUUAAUUGUAUAAAGGAACUACAUAAUA